AUGACUUUGCCCGGCGUGGUGGUGGCCUCGGUCUACGCCGUCAUCAGCGUGCUGGGCGUGGUGGGCAACACCACCCUCAUCAGGACGCUGUGCUCCGCCAAGUCCGCUCGCAACGUGCCCAACGUCUUCAUGUCCAGUCUGGCCCUCGGGGACGUCUUGCUGCUGCUGACCUGCGCUCCCGUGGACGCCAGCCGCUACCUGGCGGAGGAGUGGAUGUUUGGGAGGGCGGGCUGCAAAGCCAUCGCCUUCGUUCAGCUGACCUCGGUGGGAGUGUCCGUGUUCACGCUCACGGCGCUCUCUGCUGACAGGUACAAGGUGAUCGUGAGGCCAUUGGACAUCCCAGCAAGAAGCUCCACUAGCAGCAUCAUCCUGCGGGCGGCGCUCAUCUGGCUCCUGUCGCUGCUCCUGGCCGUCCCUGAGGUCAUCUUCUCCGACCUGCACACCUUCCACCUGCCCUCCGCCAAUCACAGCCUCCUCACCUGCGCUCCCUUCCCCCACGCGGGCGACCUCCAUCCCAGAAUCUACUCCUGCGUCUCCUUCCUCGUCUUCUACCUGCUCCCCCUGCUGCUCAUCUCCGUGUACUACACCCUGAUCGCCCGCAGCCUGAUGAGCAGCGCGCGCAAUCUGCCAGUGGAGGGAAACACGCGUGGGAGACAGCAGAUUGAGUCAAGAAAGCGUUUGGCCAAAACUCUUUUAGUGUUUGUUGUCCUCUUUGCACUCUGCUGGCUGCCCACUCAUAUCAUCUUCCUGUAUCGCUCUCAUCACUACGCACAGGUGGACACGUCCCCGGCUCACUUUCUGUGCAGCGUGCUCGCUCGGCUCCUGGCCUUCAGCAACUCCUGCUUCAACCCUUUUGCUCUCUACCUGCUCAGCAAGACCUUCCGGAAGCGGUUCCGGCACCACCUGUGUUGCUGCUGCCGGGCGCUCGCCAAACAGAGCCCCGCCCACAACAUUCGUAUGACUUCUGUGCGCAGCACACGCCACUCCAUGGCGAGCGCGAGCGCCAUGGACCCGGCCAAACAGGACCCUCGGCAAGACUACGUGUGA